AUAAUGCAAAGCUUGAAAAUAGAAACUCAAAGCUUGAAGUGAGUACGAUUUGGGUGUUAUCAUCCCUGCAAGAAAAACACACAAUUUUAGUUCUACUCGAUUGCUUCUCUUUCUCAACCUUCCAAGAAGCAAUAUGAAGAACCAGCACGGUUAUGUGCCACCUGCUUACAUACCUUUGGGGCAGUCAGAUUCAGAGGUAGUUCAUGUCUCUCCGCUUCAGCGUAAUAAACAACAUCCUGGUAGCAAUGGAUCAAACCAAAUGCAGCCUCAGUGGUCUUCUGGAAUCUGUGCUUGUUUCGAUGAUACGCAGAGUUGUUGUAUAGGUUGUCUUUGUCCUUGCUUUCUCUUUGGGAAGAAUGCUGAAAUUCUGGGUUCUGGAACUUUCCUGGGAUCAUGUGUUACACACUUUAUAUUAUGGAGUGUGGUUAAUACAGCCUGCUGCUUAUUAACUGAUGGCUUGUUUUUGGGUUUACCGGGAUGCCUUGUUUCGUGUUAUGCCUGUGGCUAUCGCAAGGCCUUAAGAUCAAAGUAUAAUUUGCCGGAAGCACCCUGUGGGGAUUUUGUUACCCAUUUUUGCUGUCAUCCCUGUGCUAUUUGUCAAGAAUAUCGUGAGAUAUGUGAAAGAUCUGGGGAUAGUCAAUCAACAAACUUGAAGCUAGCUGUAGUUACAGCUCCACCAAUCCAGACAAUGCAACCUGAUACCAUGCAAUAAUGUAGUUAUACACUAUCGUGCUUUCUCAGUUUUACCACCUUAAUUCUCUUCUUGAAGAAAACUACAAGAAUAUCAUAUAGCCAUUUGUACAUAAAAAUUGAGUGCGUUUGAUUCUUAGUUACCUUAAUUUUUGUGUCAUAUGUACCCUUUUUACUCCUUGAAAGACAAGUAGAACAACAUAUACCAUGGCAUGAGCUAAUUUGUCAAUAUUGUGAUCAUUCUUACUUGCAAUGCUUUAUAUCUAUUUGCGUUUAUUUUC